AUGGCCGAACUCGACACCCUCGACCUCGUCGUCCUCGCGGCCAUCCUGCUCGGCACCCUCGCCUACUUCACAAAGGGCACCUACUGGGGCGUCGUCAAGGACCCCUACGCAAAUGCCUUUGCCAACGCAAACGGCGCAAAGGCCGGCCGUACCAGGAACAUUGUCGAGAAGAUGGACGAGUCGAGCAAGAACUGCGUCAUCUUCUACGGUUCCCAGACCGGCACCGCCGAGGACUACGCCUCCCGUCUUGCCAAGGAGGGCAAAGGCCGCUUCGGUCUCGAGACGAUGGUGGCCGACCUGGAAGAGUACGACUUUGACAACCUCGACACCUUGCCCGCCGACAAGGUCGUCAUGUUUGUCCUGGCCACCUAUGGCGAGGGCGAGCCCACGGACAAUGCCGUCGAGUUUUACGAGUUCAUCACCGCCGACGACGUCGCCCUGUCCGAGGGCGGCGAUCCUGCCCUAGGCAACCUCAACUACGUCGCCUUUGGCCUCGGCAACAACACCUACGAACACUACAACUCCAUGGUCCGCAAUGUUGACAAGGCCCUUCAGAAGCUCGGCGCCCACCGCAUCGGCGAUGCCGGCGAGGGUGACGACGGCGCCGGCACCAUGGAAGAGGACUUCUUGGCUUGGAAGGAUCCCAUGUGGGCUGCCCUCGUCACCAAAAUGGGCCUCGAGGAACGCGAGGCUGUCUACGAGCCCACCUUUGAUAUUGUGGACCGCGACAACCUGACCCGCGACUCUCCCGAGGUCUACCUCGGGGAGCCCAACAAGAUGCACCUGGAUGGCACGGCCAAGGGCCCCUUCAACGCCCACAACCCCUACAUCGCGCCCAUUGUCGACUCGCGCGAGCUGUUCGCGGCCAAGGAUCGGAACUGCAUCCACAUGGACAUUGACGUCAGCGGCUCCAAUCUUGCCUACCAAACCGGCGACCACAUUGCCAUCUGGCCCACCAACCCCGGCGAAGAGGUCGACCGGUUCCUCGACGUCAUUGGCCUGACUGCGAAGAGGGACAAUGUCAUCAGCGUCAAGGCCCUCGAGCCCACCGCCAAGGUCCCCUUCCCGACCCCGACGACGUUUGAUGCCAUCGUCAGGUACCACUUGGAAAUCUGCGCCCCCGUGUCGCGUCAGUUCGUCUCGACUCUUGCCGCCUUCGCGCCCACGGAUGAUAUCAAGGCCGAGAUGAGCAGACUGGGCAAUGACAAGGACUACUUCCAGCAGAAGACAAGCCCUCACUUCUACAACAUUGCCCGGCUCUUGGCCGCUGUUGGCAAGGGCGAGAAGUGGACCAACAUUCCCUUCUCCGCCUUUAUCGAGGGCUUGACCAAGCUGCAGCCCCGCUACUACUCCAUCUCCUCAUCCUCGCUGGUCCAGCCAAAGAAGAUUUCCAUCACGGCCGUCGUCGAGUCGCAGAUGAUCCCCGCGCGCGAUGAGCCGUUCCGCGGCGUCGCCACCAACUACCUGAUGGCGUUGAAGCAGAAGCAAAACGGCGAUCCGAACCCUGAACCAUUCGGCGGAAGCUACGAGCUGGACGGCCCACGCAACAAGUACGAUGGCAUCCAUGUCCCUGUCCACGUCCGGCACUCCAACUUCAAGCUUCCCUCGGAUCCCGCGAAACCCAUCAUCAUGAUUGGCCCCGGAACCGGCGUUGCGCCUUUUCGAGGCUUCGUUCAGGAGCGGGCCAAGCAGGCGCGGGAUGGUGUCGACGUGGGCCGCACGCUCUUGUUCUUUGGUUGCCGCAAGCGCGCCGAGGACUUCAUGUACGAGUCGGAGUGGGAGGAUUGCAAGAAAGCUCUCGGCGACAAGUUCGAGAUGGUCACGGCCUUCUCGCGUGAAGGCGGCAAGAAAGUCUACGUUCAACAUCGGCUCAAGGAGCGGGCCAAGGAGGUCAACGAGCUUCUGACGCAAAAGGCCUUCUUCUACGUCUGCGGCGACGCGGCAAACAUGGCUCGCGAGGUGAACACGGUGCUGGCCCAAAUCAUCGCCGAGGGGCGGGGCGUGUCGGAGCAGAAAGGAGAGGAGGUUGUCAAGCACAUGAGAUCGGCAAACCAAUACCAGGAGGACGUUUGGUCCUGA